AAACUCGGCGGCCUCACUUCAGCAUAGCACGUGUAGUUUUGUUUUAUUUAAAAAAUAUUUUUUGCCCGGGAUAAUACGCAUCAGACGCCUAAAUAAGAUGGUUAAGGUACAGAAACCGCAGCCCAAGUCGCUGAAGAAGAGCAACAGCAUCGAGGGCGUGGUCAAGAAGAAGGGCAAGCCGGAGAAGACCAAGAAACUGCCCGCGGAAGCCACUUUGGAUUUGGCCAGCGGCAAAAAGGCGAAAAACGCGGUGGUGCAAAAACCAGAUGCCGCCAAAAAAGAGGCAAAGGCGUCCAAGAAGGAGGUGGAGAAGCAGACAAAGACAAAGGCGGCCAAGAGGCCCCUGAUUCUGGCUCCUCCGGAGUCGCCGGCUGCCCCUCCUGCGGAAAAGAAGUCAAAGGCAAAGCCGGCUACAGUGGAAAAAAAGAGUGUCGCGAAGAAGCCCCUGAUCCUGGCGCCUCCCGAGUCGCCAGUGGCACCCAAAAAACAAGAGAAAAAGGUCAAGGCUGCGCCGGUGGCAGGCAAGAAGGAACCAGCUCCAGCUAAGAAGUCUGUAAAGGAGCCUGCGCCAGAGAAGAAGUCAGCCCUAGCUGCUGUUCCAGCUAAGAAGUCUGUAAAGGAGCCUGCGCCAAAGAAGAAGUCAGCCCUAGCUGCUGUUCCAGCUAAGAAGCCAGCCCAGGCUGAUGCUCCAGCUAAGAAGUCGGCCAAGGAAGCUGUUCCAGCCAAGAAAUCCGACAAGGCUGCUCCUCUAGCCAAGAAAUCUGUUCCAGCUGUUGCUCCCGCCAAGAAAUCAGUGCCAGCUGCUGCUCCCUCCAAGAAAUCCCAGAAGCCGGCAGCUGAAGCACCCAAAAAAACAGGAAAACCCGCCAAGGAGGCACCGCAAACCAAACCUGCCAAGCCGCAGCCAGCUGCCCAGCUCCAGAAGAAGUCAGCGCAGAAGCUCUCCAAGCCAGCCAAGGCGCCGAAAUCCAAGAAGCCGUUCAACAACAAGGCGAAACCUGGUCAGGCCAAGGGAAAAGCCACCAAGAAAGAGACUGUCAAGGCCAAGAAGCCUGUCGAGCUGACCUUCGAACUGAAGUCCUUUGACGAGAAGAGGUUCCAGGAGAUUGUCAGCGAGAACAAUGUCACUAAAGUCUGCCAGGCCUUGAAGACUUUGGUGUCCGAUGAGGUGGCCAAGAAGAAGACUACCUCGAUCUUCACCGACUACCGCUACGUUCUGCAAGUGUGCAGCUACAAGAUCCCCAGCUGUCCCAAGCGCAUGGUCAAGUUGAACCUGAAGCAUUCGCUGGUGGGCAGCGACGACGAUGUGGCUCUCAUUGUGACUGAUUUGCAGCGUGGUGCCAAGUUCGACUCUGACCCCACCAAGCAGCAUUACGAGGAUCUGCUGCGCGAGGCUGGCGUAAAGCAGCGCUUCACCAUCGUGCCAUUCAACCAGCUGCGCAACGAAAUGGGUUCCUUCGAGGCCAAGCGCAAGUUCCUCAACAGCUACGACUACCUGUUGUGCGACGGUCGCCUCUCGGGCCAGGCCACCGCCUUUUUGGGCAAGAAAACCCAGAAGCCCAGAAAUGUGCUCCAUCCCGUCCGUCUGAGCAAGGACAACGACAAGCUGUCGCAGGAGGUGACCCGCGCCCUUUCUCGCACCGCAUUCAGGCAGCUGGCCAAGGGCGAUCUGUCGGCCAUUCCGGUGGGUAACCACGAGCACAGCCCCGAGCAGCUAGCCGAGAACAUCUUGCUGGUGACCAAGCAACUGCAGCAGGUCUAUCCCGGUGGCCUGGCCAACAUCCGGUCGAUGUACCUUAGGAUCGACAUUACCGGCACCUCAGCGCUGCCGCUGUAUGUCAGCAUGUGUGCUCCGCCGGCAGACACGCCCUAUGUGGUGGGUCCACGGGAGCAGCGUAUGCUUAAGCUGAAGAAGCAGGCCAACGAGGUGCUGUCCAAGUUUGCCUUGACCAAGGAUGCGGACUUCAUAAAGCUGACCAGGGAUCAGGUCAAGCGCAAGGCCGAGCUGCGCGCAGAGAAGGUGGCUUUGUUGGCCGCUGAUUCUGCUGCUGCUCCCAAGGACAACGAUGGCGAGGACACUGCUGUGCCCACGAAGAAGGCCCGCAAGGAUUCGUCCAGCGAGGGAGCCAAGGCUGAGGCAGAUUCUGACGAGGAGGAAGAAGUCGAGGAGGCAGAGGACAGCGCCGGCGAAAGCGACGAGGAUGGCGACGAUACUGAGGGAGAUGAUGAUGAAGACAAUGACGAUGAUGAUGACGACGACGAGGACGACGAUGAGGAGGAUGACGACGAAGAGGAUGAUGAUGAUGAUGAGGACGACGAUGAGUAAUAAGUCAGCCUCAUUGCUCUUCGUUAGAUGUAGGUUUAUUUCUAUAUAUGCAAACCAAUUUCGCUAUGAUUCCGUUUGCAAUUUUUACAACAGUUUUAAGUAAUAAACGAAUGUUUUAAGUAUGGAAA